AUGAAUGAUGAAGCAAAUAGCCGGUGCUUAACACGAUAUAAAAAGAAACAACAAGUGGAAGGCAGAUUAAGAGCGGAGGCCGUAUUGGAAACAACGGCAAAAAUAUCAGCAGAAACAGCAGCAAAAAUAUCAGCAGAAGUAUCAGCAGAAACAGAAACAGCAGCAAAAAUAUCAGUAGAAGUAUCAGCAGAAACAGAAGCAGAGACAGCAGCAAAAAUAUCAGCAGAAGUAUCAGCAGAGACAGAAGCAGAAAUAGCAGCAAAAGUAUCAGCAGAAGUUUCGGCACAGGCAGCGGAAAUAUCAGCAAAAACAGCAGCAAAAGAAACAGCAGAAGUAUCGGCAAAGACAGCAGAAUUAUCAGCAGAGGCAGCAGCAAUAUCAGCAGAAGCAGCAGCAAAAACACAAGCAGAAGUUGAAGGCAGAAAAGAAACAAGACAAACAGGAGAAGCAAAGAAGAACAAAUGUAGUGGUAAAAUGUGGCUGAAGAAUGAAAACGGUGAGCUAAGCGCAGUUCUGCGAAUGCUAGCGGAAAAAUUAGAUAGCAGGGACAACAAUACAGUCUCGAAUAGAAUCAUUCGAGAAAGUUGUGCCUAA